CUCACGUUUUCUCUAUAUAUAUACACCACAAUCCCAUAUACUUGCAUCUCAGAAAUAUCUCUCAUUUCGUCAACUGCAAAUAUCAUAUCACAUCUAUCUUUGUUGGUCUUUUUGUGACAGCAAUACCAAAUUGAAACAACAUGAGUGGAGAGGAACAUCAUAAUACUCAGGAUAAGGGGUUGCUUGGUAAUCUCGCUGGAUAUGCAGCUGGAGCGGCACAGAACCAUCAACAACAUGGCGGGGGAUACCCUCCUCAACAAGGGUAUCCGCCACAAGGGUACCCACCGCAACAAGGAUACCCCCCACAAGGAUAUCCCCCACAAGGGUACCCUCCAGCCGGGUAUCCUAGUCACUCAGCUCCACAUAAUUCAGGAGGACAUGGGCCUGGUAUGGGAUCUUUGCUAGCCGGAGGUGCAGCUGCUGCGGCUGCAGCCUAUGGGGCUCACCAGCUAACUGGGCACGGAGGCCAUAAUGCAUCACAUGGAGGCCAUAGCAUGAUUCCAGGCAUGGGGGGACAUGGAGGCCAUAAUGUAUCACAUGGAACCCAUAACAUGAUUCCAGGCAUGGGGGGCAUGGGCCAUUACAGUGGCGGCAAACAUGGUAAACACGGUGGUGGCAAGUUCAAGGCUGGUAAGCAUGGCAAAGGGAAACAUGGCAAGUUUGGCAAACACAAGGGCAAGCACUCCGGAUUCAAGAAAUGGAAGUAAAUGACGCUGCUGUAUAUAUCUAUUCUGUUUUAACUUCCUAAAACCGAGUGCCUUGGCUAUAGUUGAGGUCAUAUUUUAAUUUCCGGGUUGUUAUUUUGUUUCGAAUUCAAAUGGUUCGGAUUUGAGAUAUUAUGAUGAUAAUUAAUAAAGAAUCAUUUAUGUGUA